AUGAAGCACCGGGGCCACAGGCGGUUAAGCUCGACGGAUAUCCGGCAAGUCCAGAAUGUCGCAUUGGCAGAUGCGCAAGCAAGAGCUGGAGUAUCGCCAUGGACGAAAGCAAUGUGGAAGCUGUACUUGUGUUUGCUCAUCGCGACCCUGAAUUCGUGUAUUAAUGGUUACGACGGCUCUUUGAUGGGCGCCAUCAACAGUUAUCCGCAAUAUCGAGAGUACUUUGGAUUCAACGUCACGGAAGGAACGCCAGAGACCGGAAUCGUGUAUGCCAUCUACACCAUUGGCAACCUUGUGGGGUCUUUCUUCGCCGGGCCUGCUACCGACUGGAAGGGUCGAAGAUGGGGCAUGUUUAUCGGCUGUCUCAUCAUCAUGCUCGGUACCUGCAUCCAGGCGACAUGUUUCAAUCUUGGUGGAUUCAUGGGAGGUCGAUUCGUGCUUGGUUUUGGCGUUGCAAUCACCAGUACUGCUGGACCAGCGUACGCUUCAGAGAUGGCCCAUCCCGCCUAUCGAGGUGUAUUGACUGGUAUCUUCAACACCUUCUGGUUCGUUGGAGGCAUUCCAGGCACCUUUGUGCCCUUCGGCACUUCGACAUUGACAGGAACCCAAUCGUGGAGGAUACCCGUCUGGCUGCAAAUGAUCUUCGCUGGCAUCGUCCUCUUCUGCAGUCCAUUUCUCCCCGAGACUCCUCGUUGGUUGAUCGCCAACGACAGACAUGAGGAAGCUCUCGACACCAUGGCCCGUUUCCACGGAGAAGGAAGUCGCGAUUCACCCAUUGUCCAGCUCGAGUACAAAGAGAUGGUCGAAGACAUUUCCGUCACAGGUUCCGACAAGCGCUGGUGGGACUACACUGAGCUGUUCAACUCGCGCGAAUCGCUCUACCGGACGAUGCUCGUCUUCUCCAUGGCCUUCUUCGGCCAAUGGUCCGGCAAUGGCCCAGUGUCGUACUACUAUCCCGCCAUGCUGCGAGGCGCCGGUAUCAAGAACAACCACACCCGACUACUAUACAACGGCAUGCAGAACGUCGUCUCCUUCGCCGGCGCCAUCUUCGGCGCCCUCUACACCGACAAAUGGGGCCGCCGCCCCCAACUCCUCGUCUCAACCAGCAUCCUCAUCCUCAUCUUCGUCAUCAUCGCCGCCCUCGUCGCCACCAACUCCAUCAACGGCCCGAACGGCAAGCCCCUCGUUGACGAGCACGACACGCCCAUCAUCAAACGCCCCAACCAAGCCAAGGCCGUCAUCGCCUUCAUCUUCAUCUUCGGCUUCGUCUACUCCGCAGGCUACACGCCGCUCCAGCAACUCUACCCCGUCGAGUGCCUGCGCUACGAGUCGCGCGCCAAGGGUAUGGCGUUCUACAAUUUCUGGGUCAACAUUGCGAAUUUCUACAACACGUUCGUCACGGGGAUUGCGUUCGAGAGCGUAGGCUGGAAGUACUACUUCCUCUUCAUCUUCUGGGACGCCUUCGAGUUCGUCUUCAUCUACUUCUUCUUCGUCGAGACGCGCCGCCGCACCCUCGAGGAGCUGUCUGACAUCUUUAAGUCGCGUCGCCCCGUCAAGGCGUCGCUGUCGAAGACGCGCAUCGUCGUGCAUGGCGGGCACCAGGGCGUGUCUGAGGUGCUGGACAAGGAAGAGGGAGGGGCGAGGAUGUCGAUAUAG